GGCGGGCCCACGUGACCGGAGUCCCAAACCAACAUGGCGGCGCCCAGGAGGCGCGGGCUGCUCUUCCUACUUGCGCUCCUCGGCUUGCUUGGGGUGGCGUGGUGCAGCCUGGGUUUAGGGGUUUCUCGGGACGAUGACCUGCUGCUGCCUUACCCACUCGAGCGCAGACGUCCCUCGCGGGACUGCGCCCGGGUGCGCGCCGGCAGCCCAGAGCAAGAGAGUUGGCCUCCGCCGCCCACGACUCCUGGUGCCAGCCACCGCGCGGCCGUGCGCACGUUUGUGUCGCACUUCGGGGGCCGCGCGGUGGCCGGCCACUUAACGCGGGUCGCCGAGCCCCUGCGCACUUUCUCGGUGCUGGAGCCCGGGGGACCCGGAGGCUGCGCGCAGAGGCGCCGCGCCACCGUGGAGGACACAGCCGUCCCGGCCGGUUGCCGCGUCGCCCAGAACGGUGGCUUCUUCCGGAUGGGCACUGGCGAGUGCUUGGGGAACGUGGUGAGCGACGGGCGGCUGGUGAGCAGUUCCGGGGGGCUGCAGAACGCGCAGUUCGGGAUCCGCCGCGACGGGACCUUAGUCACAGGGUACCUAUCUGAGGAGGAGGUUCUGGACACGGUGAAUCCGUUUGUGCAGCUGCUGAGUGGAGUUGUGUGGCUCAUCCGCAAUGGAAGCAUCUACAUCAAUGAGAGCCAAGCCACCGAGUGUGAUAAGACGCAGGAGACAGGCUCUUUUAGCAAAUUUGUGAACGUGAUGUCAGCCAGGACGGCCGUGGGUCAUGACCGGAAGGGGCAGCUCAUACUCUUCCAUGCUGAUGGACAGACGGAACAGCGUGGCCUCAACCUAUGGGAGAUGGCAGAGUUCCUGCUGCGACAAGACGUGGUCAAUGCCAUCAACCUGGAUGGAGGUGGUUCUGCCACCUUUGUGCUCAACGGGACCCUGGCCAGUUACCCCUCGGAUCACUGCCAGGACAACAUGUGGCGCUGUCCCCGCCGUGUGUCCACUGUGGUGUGUGUGCAUGAACCCCGCUGCCAGCCACCCGACUGCAGUGGGCACGGGACCUGUGUGGACGGCCAUUGCGAGUGCACCAGCCACUUCUGGCGGGGUGCCGCCUGCAGCGAGCUGGACUGUGGCCCCUCCAACUGCAGCCAGCAUGGGCUGUGCACAGAGACUGGCUGCCGCUGUGACGCUGGGUGGACAGGAUCCAACUGCAGUGAAGAGUGUCCUCUGGGGUGGUACGGACCAGGUUGCCAGAGGCCUUGCCAGUGUGAGCACCAGUGUCCCUGCGAUCCCCAGACUGGCAACUGCAGCAUCUCCCCAGUGAAGCAGUGUCUCCAGCCAACUGAGGCCACACCAAGGGCAGGAGAGCUGGCCUCUUUCACCAGGACCACGUGGUUGGCACUUACUCUCAUCCUAAUUUUCCUGCUGCUGAUCAGCACUGUGGUCAACGUGUCCUUGCUCCUGGGCUCUAGGGCAGAGAGAAACCGGCACCUGAAUGGGGACUACGUGUACCACCCACUGCAGGAGAUGAACGGGGAACUGCUGGCUGCAGAGAAGGAGCAAACAGAGGAAACGGUCCCCUUCAAGGACUGACAGACCUGGCCUGCCCCAGUGGCGUGCUCCAGAUAAGUUUGUCCCUGCUCCUCACUUGUACAGGGAAGGUUGUGAGGCCACUGGCAUAGAUGCUGCACGCCCCACCCCUUGCCUGGCCAUCUCCCUCCUGUCCCCAUGCUGUGGCCCAUGCCACCCCAGCAAUACAGAACUCUGGAGGGCCUGCACCUGCUUCCCUGCCUGCCUGUGUCUGCUGCCCAGAGGCCUGUCUGCCACAGGGGUCUCACCACUGCCAAAGACUCCCAGUCAUGACAAGAGUGGCCACUCUCCUGGGCCACCUGCACAGGGAUGGACUAGAAAGACUUAUCCGCUGGCCCAGCCACGACACACCACCUUUUAUGCAGCCUCAUCACCAGAUUGCCAACUAGAAUUCUGCAUCCUGUCACAGGAAGUUCCUUAUAAGAAGGGACGGGGAGAGAAGGAAGUCGCCAUGUUUACAGACCUAUUUUUCUUGUCCUGCUCCCUAAAGGAGUUUUCUAACACUUGAAUAAAUUGGGAUACUAAAACGA